AUGUCCGACACGGCGCGCGGCGUCGAGCAUACCGACUCGAUCGAUUCUCACGACUCAACCCCGAAGCAGCCGGAGAAGACAAAGAGUCGCAGACCUCCCAAUACCGCAUUUCGACAGCAGCGAUUGAAAGCAUGGCAACCAAUUCUAACGCCUAAAACGGUGCUGCCGUUAUUUUUCACUAUUGGCAUUAUCUUCGCCCCCAUCGGUGGCCUGCUUCUCUAUGCCAGUUCACAGGUUCGGGAGAUCAAGCUCGACUACACCCACUGCGUCAACGAUGCCCCCGACUUCAGCAGCUCUUUCGCAGAUAUGCCCGGCAGUGCCGUCGAUUCUGCAUUUAAGAAUGCCAACAGCAGUGUCCGACCGCAAUGGGCGAAAAAGAAGGAUGUCAACGUCACCCUUCACAACGGUCGACAGGUCAAAGGCAAUCAAUGUGUUCUGCAGUUCACCAUCCCUGAAGACAUGGGCGCACCCGUUCUCUUCUACUACCAACUCACCAACUUCUACCAAAAUCAUCGUCGUUAUGCCGAAUCUUGCGACAUUCAGCAACUCAAAGGAGAUGCACGAUCGUAUGGUGACAUCACUGGUUCGAAAUGCACCCCGUUAUAUGGCGAAGACAAAGAUGGCACAAAGAAACCGUAUUACCCCUGUGGCCUGAUUGCCAACUCCAUGUUCAACGACAGCUUCUCCUCGCCGGUGUGGCAGAACCCUCCAAAUGACGGCAAGGCCCGAACCUACAACAUGACGGACAAGGGCAUUGCCUGGGACAGCGACAAAGACCUCUACGGGCCGACCAAGUACAACAGCUCUCAAAUUUUGCCCCCGCCAAACUGGCAUGACGCAUAUCCCGAUGGCUACACCGACGACGGCAUCAGUAAACCGCCAAACCUGAAGGAGUGGGAGGCUUUCCAAGUCUGGAUGCGGACGGCUGGUCUUCCCACCUUCAGCAAGUUGGCUAUGCGAAAUGACGCCGAUAAGCUCGUAUCUGGUAUCUAUCAAAUCACUAUUGACGAUCACUUUCCCACCAUUGAAUACAAGGGCACCAAGUCGAUUCUCCUGACCACACGCACUGUAAUGGGUGGCCGCAACAACUUCCUCGGAAUCGCAUACAUUGCCGUUGGCGGAGUCUGCAUUCUCCUGGGUGCCAUCUUCACAGCCACACAUCUCAUCCGGCCAAGAAAACUUGGUGAUCACACAUAUCUCUCCUGGAACAACGCCCCUGCAUCCAAGCCCUCCGGCCCCAGCACAGCCAUGGCCAGCGGUCGUGAAAUCCGCCCAGGCGAUUCCUAG